AGUGCCGACCCGGAAGCGUUUCCGGUCCCCGGCCAAGAUGGCGGCGCCCGUACGGUGAGCGCGGAGGGCGCGGGGGCCGCCAUGAGCUCCGCGCGCCGCUGCAGCGCGCCCCGGGCGCUCGCAGGCUUAUUUGUCUGGCAUCUGAAGAACACUGGAGUACGGCGGAUACCAUGCCACUCUGUGCCCCUGUGCCGUGCGGGUGGUGAGAGGCUGAUCACGUUUCAGUACUUUAACUUUCUCAAACGAAUGUAUGUAACACAAUACAACAAAGACCUCAGCCAACGAGCCAAACCGAAGUCGGACUCAGUUGCAUCUCCUUUUUGUGAGCUUCAGCAACUGGAUCAAGAAAAAAGAGUUCUACACAAGAUAAGACCGAUUUCACCGGUUCAGCAGCCUUUGUCUGAGACACCAAGCCAAAGUGAAUUGCGAGAAAGAGAGUCAGCUGCAGAAGCUGAAGACUUGGUCACACCACUAAGAGCAGAAUCCAAAGAUGACAGACAGUGGAAAGAAAUGAAGUUGCAGCUGGAAGAUUUGCCAGGAAUUUUGGCACGCUUGUCUAAAAUUAAGCUUACAGCUCUGGUUGUCAGCACCACAUCUGCUGGCUUUGCCAUGGCCCCGGUCCCUUUUGACCUGACCUGUUUCCUGCUCGCCUCUCUCGGAACUGGACUGGCAUCCUGUGCUGCCAACUCCAUCAAUCAGUUCUUUGAGGUUCCAUUCGACUCAAACAUGAACAGGACAAAGAACAGACCGCUGGUGCGAGGACAGAUCAGCCCCCUGCUUGCCGUCUGCUUCGCUGCUUCCUGUGGAGUCCCUGGAAUCGCCCUGCUGACGCUGGGUGUAAACCCUCUCACCGGCGCCCUGGGAGCCUUCAACAUCUUCCUGUACACGUGCUGUUACACGCCCAUGAAGAGAAUGAGCAUCGCCAACACGUGGGUGGGAGCUGUCGUCGGGGCCAUCCCCCCUGUCAUGGGCUGGACUGCAGCCACGGGCAGUCUCGACGCUGGUGCGUUACUGUUAGGAGGAAUCCUCUACUCUUGGCAGUUCCCUCACUUCAACGCCCUGAGCUGGGGUCUGCGGGAAGAUUACUCCCGAGGAGGAUACUGUAUGAUGUCCGUCACCCACCCGGCGCUGUGCCGGCGAGUGGCUCUGCGUCACUGCUUGGCCUUAAUCGGACUCUCAACCAUGGCUCCCAUUCUUGACAUCACCACGUGGACUUUCCCCAUCAUUUCACUCCCUAUCAACCUCUACAUCUCCUACCUCGCCUUUCGGUUCUACAGGGAUGCAGAUCGCAGCAGCUCCAGGAAGCUCUUCUUCUGCAGCCUAUGGCAUUUGCCAAUGCUGCUGCUUGUCAUGUUCUCCUGCAAGAAAUCGUUCCUAGAGAAGGAGGACAAAGGUGAUCUGCGCAGUGGAAGUCACGGGAGGGCUAUGGAAAUGAGAUUGCCUUAAAUGUCAAUUACUUGUCGUCCUCGUGACACAUCAGGUAGCAUGGUUUAGUAAUUAAAGGGGGAAACCUGUGGGGGUCUGUUUGAAGAAGAAUCAUUUGUGCCUAGCGACCACUUCAUGCGAUAAUUUUUUGUUAUUUCCUUCUGAAAGGGAAUAGACUUGAGAGCCUAAAGCAUUCACGGGCCUCUGGCUCACUUGCUCCUCACAGGUUAAACUUUAGCCUAUGUCAGAAGCACCUCACUUUGGGAUGGCCUUCCAAAACCUCUGUGAGUCAUGGUCUCUCGUCUCGUGGAUUGGUGUUCACUCAACGCGUCACAUGCGCACACUCACUGACCAGCCAGCACUGGUAGCCUUGGCGAAACGUCAGGAAGCGACAAAUGAAUGAUUUAUGCCCCCUGCUCCCCAAGCAUCCUUCCCAAAUUAAGCUUUGAGGCACAUGGUGGGCUGGGUGAACUCCUCUGGUCUCAAUCCGUGCCGUCCCUGCUCUGAUACUACAUAGAAGCCUUCAAUGGCUGAAGCUUUGCUCAAUCAGUUGCUUUUCCCAAGGGUCCCUUUCACCCCAGUAGAUUUUUAGCUUUUGCACAGCUGGCACAACUUCAGAGUAAAGAAAACGGUCUUUCAGCCCAUCAGCAUUCAAGCAGUGUGCAGCUGACCGGCUCUCCUGUAGCGCAAACGCUGACCACGCUCAGAGCCGCUCUGCUGCGCAUCCAUCAUGGGGAAAUUUCUGUCUCCCAGGUGGUUUCAUGUCAUUGUAGUUGGAGCCCUGGGGAUCAGAUCCUCAGCUGGUAGGAGUUGCCAUCACUGCGUAUGUCAGCACGGCUUCAAAAAGGCACAGGAGGUCAGAAGCAGAUCUCAGUCUGGGAGUUUUAAGGCAUUUCUGUGCUGAUGUGUCUUGUGGCAGCCCGUUGGGUCGAGCUCUGGGCUUGCAUCAACAGUUUGAACUGUGUUUAAUAUCACACCGUGGGCGCAGUAUCAUUUGCGCCGUGCAAUAGGUAAGGAAACACAUUUUACAGAACAAAAAGGUUGGGAUUUUUAUCUAAUAUUGUAAUGUUCAAAUUGCUGAUGCAGCCAGUGUGUCUUAAAAGCAGUUAUUGAGGAUGGUCACACUAGCAGAACACUUUAUCUUUGUUAACUGAUGCGCUGAGGAACAGCUCUAGCCAUAGUCUGCUGUGCCUGUGACCCCCCAGGGCUGUGGCUGCCCCUCAGCCUGCCCGGGGCUGAUUCUGUCCCGCUGGGAUGAUUCCAAACACAGCAACAUCCAGGGCAGACAAGUGUUUCAGUUAUUGUGGUGCCUGUUAGGACUUGAUGUGUUUUCACGCCAAGAUUCCUUUCCCGUGUGGAGAGGGACUGGGCAGCACGGUUGUGCAUCAAUCCAAAGAUACGGUGACACCUGAAAUGGAGACUCUCUCUAAUCUGAUCCUCAGUAAAGCCCGUCAGGAAACAUCACAGGUCUGCCACCACGUGCGUAUCAUGCUGACAUAAAUUCUUCAGUGGCUACCUUCAUGCUCCAAGCCCAGCUUCUGGUCUCGGUUAUGCUGGUGUAGAUCAGGAGGACACGGUUAACCUCUGCUCUGCUGGCAGAACUGCUUGCAGGAGCCAAGGCUCCUGGUUUACACAGCUCUAGAAUAACCAGUUGCAAGGUUUUCUGCCUCCCUCAAGUAACUGCAGAAGUCAGGGUUGAGCUCCCUCUCACUGUUUGUCCGACGGACACCGUUGUACUCGAAUUACUGUGGGCUACACCUCGCAGAAUUGUCUGAAAACUGUGCAACUCCUGAAUUUGUUUUCAAACUGCAUCCAGUCUGCUCUGCAAUAAAGUGUGUUCUGUACAA